AAUUUCAACUCCAGGCAGUCCUCCCGGCCACGUGGGUUUCGCCAAAUCAGAGGCCAAACCACACUUCCGAAAAUGUUAGGAGCCGCUCCGCGCCUUCCACGGGGACUCUGGAUCCGGAGCUGGGUUUCACAUCCGCGCACAUCGCCAGAGUGGAAUUUGAGGGCUGUGCCGUGAUCUUGAUGGUUCCAUCCCGGCUCCAUCAGGGCCACCGGGCACUUCCUGCGAGAUGGGGGCGGGCGCUCUCGCCAUCUGUCAAAGCAAAGCAACGGUUCGGCUGAAAGAAGACAUGAAGAAGAUAGUAGCAGCGCCACUCACCGAGCCGAGGCAUUCCGCCUAUCAAAAGCUCUUUGGAGUCAGCCUGCAGGAGCUCCACCAGCAGGGUCUCACCGAGAACGGCGUUCCAGCCAUAGUGAGGCGCCUAGUGGAAUACCUGACCACGCACGGACUCACGCAAGAAGGUCUUUUUCGGGUGAAUGGCAACGUCAAGGUGGUGGAGCGGCUCCGGUGGCAGUUUGAGAGCGGGGCGCCCGUGGAGCUGGGGCCGGACGGGGACGUCAGCUCAGCCGCCAGCCUGUUAAAGCUCUUCCUGCGGGAGCUGCCUGAGCGUGUGAUCACCUCUGCGCUGCAUCCUCGCUUCAUUCAGCUCUUCCAGGAUGACAGACAUGAUGCUCAGGAGAGCAGCUUACGAGACUUAAUAAAAGAGCUGCCAGACCCCCACUACUGCCUUCUCAAGUACCUCUGCCAGUUCUUGACAAAAGUAGCCAAGCACCACGUGCAGAACCGCAUGAACCUUCCCAAUCUCGCCACGGUCUUUGGGCCGAACUGCUUUCAUGUGCCACCUGGGCUUGAAGGCAUGAAAGAGCAAGACCUCUGCAACAAGAUAAUGGCUAAAAUACUUGAAAAUUACAAUACCCUGUUCGAAGUAGAGUAUACGGAAAAUGAUACCCAGAGGUGUGAAAACCUGGCGAGGCUUAUCAUAGUAAAAGAGGCCAGUUGUAAGAACUUACCCAUCCUUUUAAAAAAGGACUUCGAAAGAGAUGCUCAGAAGCCAUCUCCAAAAACCAGGAUCCCCAAAUCCAGGAGCGAGGGAUCUCUUCGGGUCCACAGGGUACCACAUCCAGAACUGUCUGAGAGCGUUCCUCAGGUCAGCCUGCGCCUGAGUCGGAGAAAACCCUGCUGGGAUAACAUGAAUUCAUCAGAGGAUGCUAAUGUGGCCACGUUGCUAUCCAGUUCACAGGAAGAUGAAAGACCGAUGUCACCUUUCUAUUUGAGCACCCACGUAUCUCAAGUCAGCAACGUGUCAACAACUGGAGAACUCUUAGAGAGAACCAUCCGCUCUGCUGUGGAACAGCAUCUUUUUGAUGUGACUAGUCCUGGAGGUCAAAGUUCAGAGGACUCGGAAUCUGGACCGUCAGCAGCAUCUUCCUCCACGUCCACCAAACAGCGACGGCGCCAGUCCAAGGAGCAGGAUGAAGUUCGACACAGCAGAGAGAUGGGACUUCUCAACAAAGAAAAUAUUCCUUCUGGGCUCGGCAACCUUGAUGAAUGUAUUCUGAAUGCUCAGGAAGUGGGAAAAUUACAUGAAAAUACUUCCGGUUAUAUUGGAGAAAGAGGCAAACCUAAACGUCAGAAACCCAGUUCCACACUUACUGCGCUCAGUGAAAAGCAAGAUGGUCUUCCGAAUAUGGAAAGCGUCAGUCCCACACCGUCUCAGGAGAGGCCUGGACCUCAGGAUGUGGCAUUGAUGUCCAAUGAGAGCAAAGAACAUGAAAAAGAAGGCAGACACACGCAGCAUUUUGAGAGCCCCGCGAUGAAGAUCCAGGAGCAUCCCAGCCUGCCUGACGCCAAGCUGCCGCGGACUCCAGAUGCCGACAACCCGCAGGAGAGCUUUGUCUCCGGAGUGCCUGAGCUGGACCUGACUGCCUUGUGUGAUGAGAAGAGCUGGGAAGAGCCCAUCCCCGCCUUCUCCUCGUGGCCGCCGGAGAGCGUGGAAGCUGACGAAGCACGCCUGUCCCCGCAGGCCGGGCGUCUGAUCCGGCAGCUCCUGGACGAGGACAGCGACCCCCUGCUCUCUCCCCGCUUCUACGCCUAUGGGCAGAGCAGGCAGUACCUGGACGACACGGAAGUGCCCCCUUCUCCCCCCAAUGCCCAUUCUUUCAUGAGGCGCCGCAGCUCCUCUCUGGGUUCCUACGAUGAUGAGCAAGAGGACCUGACACCUGCCCAGCUCACACGAAGGAUUCAGAGCCUUAAAAAGAAGAUCCGAAAGUUCGAAGACAGAUUCGAAGAAGAGAGAAAGUACAGACCUUCCCACAGCGACAAAGCAGCCAAUCCAGAGGUUCUGAAGUGGACAAAUGAUCUUGCCAAAUUCCGGAAGCAACUUAAAGAGUCAAAGUUGAAGAUCUCGGAAGAGGACCUCGCCCCCAGGAUGCGGCAGCGAAGCCACACGCUCCCCAAGAGUUUCGGGUCCCAGCUUGAGAAAGAAGAAGAGAAGAAGCAAGAGCUGGUAGAUAAAGCCAUAAAGCCGAGCGUCGAGGCCACGCUGGAGUCCAUCCAGAGGAAGCUCCAGGAGAAGCGGGCAGAAACCAGCCGCCCAGAGGACAUUAAGGAUAUGACCAAAGACCAGAUUGCUAAUGAGAAAGUGGCCCUGCAGAAAGCGCUCUUAUAUUAUGAGAGCAUUCAUGGACGGCCGGUGAGCAAGAACGAACGUCAGAUUAUGAAGCCGCUGUACGACAGGUACCGCCUGGUCAAACAGAUCCUGUCCCGAGCCAGCACCGUCCCCAUCAUCUGUGUGUGUUCAUAUGAAGGGCGGGGGUCCAGAGACCUCAGGCAGGGGUCCCCCUCCAGCAAGCGGAGAAGCCCUUUGCUGCAGCCAAUUAUCGAGGGCGAAACUGCGUCCUUCUUCAAGGAGAUAAAGGAAGAAGAGGAGGGUUCAGAAGAUGAUAAGAACACAAAGCCGGACUUCACAGUCACCCUGAAAACCGAGUUCAGCGCACGUUGUUUUCUGGACCAAUUCGACGAUGAUGCUGAUGGGUUUAUUUCCCCCAUGGAUGAUAAAAUGCCAUCCAAAUGCAGCCAGGACACCGGACUUUCAAAUCUUCAUGCAGCUUCAAUACCAGAACUCUUGGAACACCUGCAGGAAAUGAGAGAAGAAAAGAAAAGGAUUCGAAAGAAGCUGCGUGAUUUUGAAGACAAUUUUUUCAGACAAAAUGGAAGAAACGUCCAGAAGGAAGAUCGCACUCCCAUGGCUGAAGAGUACAACGAAUAUAAGCACAUUAAGGCCAAACUGAGGCUCCUGGAGGUGCUCAUCAGCAAGAGAGACACGGAUUCCAAGUCCAUGUGAGGAGGCAGCCCUGUCCAAGCAAAGGGGGCUGGGGAUGCAGCGUAAAUGUGCCCCCCCCGCCACCGCCUCCCCUGGUGUAAUAGCAGCGCUGCAGAAACUGGAAGGCAGCCUCGGAGCCGGACCUGCAAAGCAUGUGCCCCUUCUGCCUCCAGGCCAUUGGGGUCAGCUCCAGUGCCCUUUGCCUGCCUUAGAAACCCCCUAGGAGGAAGGAGGCCACCUGCCCCUCGCAGGGAUGUUGGGAGGCAACGUCACGUUCCCCCGCAUCCUUGUGCACAGAGACAUGCGGCGGCGGAGGCUUCACCCACAGCAGCCGCGAUGCCUCACGACGUGGAAACACACUCAUCUACGGAGAAUACACCCUGUUCUUCCCUGGGUCACUGAGAAGCAGACCGUCCUCGAACUGUGACAAAAACAAGCUCAGGACUUCACUUUGGAGAGCGGACUUGCCGUGCGCGUGCGCAUUCUCUCUGGCCCCCGGCAACGUGGAAACACGCAUCAGAGCCCCCGUUCGCUGCCUCGACCCGGUUCUCGUGACCUUUCCUCAGAGCUGCGUCUUCCCCAGUCGUGCGCGUUGCUUCCCGUUCAGCUCUCGGGUGAUGGAAGCAGCAUCUGCCCAGAAUGGCAGCGCAUCCUCCAGGCGACCGUGUGUUUCUCCAAGACGUGCUCAGCGGAUAGAAUUUGGAUCCCUGACCGGGGCUGGACCACCUGUGGAGGUCGGGGUGGGGGCUGGAGCAGCGGCUGUGUUUGUGCUGAUUUUUAAAUUAGGCACCGGUGGAGAGCCUGGAGAGUUCCUCCCUGAACGCUGACUGCACUUAUGAGCCUCCGAUUUCAAUAUCCAGCGCUGAGGGAGGAAGCCAGCAGCCUGUUGAAGGUUAGGUGUGGUUUGGGCUGUAGCCAAACAAAAGGGUCUUGCUUGAUUCUUAGCUUCAGUGUAAAGGAUCAUCGGAGAGAAAGAGUCUGUAUUCUAAACCUCCUGAGUACUUACCAGAGUUCAAUUUUUUUUUUUUAAGUGAACCUGCACUAAAAAUCGAACUGAGGGGUAAGUGUAGCUCUCAGAACUCAACCCAAGGCAGAAUCUCCGUCACACUGUUUUCAAGAUCAUGUAUAAAGAGAAAAAAUAAUGACAUGUAGCCAAAUGUGAUUAGGAUUUCUUCAAAGACUGUGUCACAAAGCUGUCUAUAUUAGACAUGUUGGAGGGACCAGGAAAUUUAAGACCCCAAAUCCUUCAUCUCUGGGCUGAUGUCAUCUUGUCAAUGGUUACUUUCGGACGCUCUGUAUCCACACUGAGGCGAGUUCUGGCUCUGCCUGCCCAUCCAAGUCCCCCUUUGUACUGUCUGAGGUCGAGCACAGGUGUCUACACAGCAGCCACUGGUUGCCCAGAGAUGGUGCUUCAGCAGACUUUGCCUUUUGAAGAGAAUGUCGCAGGUUGAACAGGACACCAAAGGGUACCAUUUUGUUUUGUUUGUCAGUUUCCCAAAUGGGUUCUCGAGGAAUUGCCUGAUCAGAUUGAAUGUGCAGUAGCAUUUUCCAUUGCUGAAGUGAGGCAGCAGCUCUCUGUUGGUUGAACAUUGUUUAAAUCAGGAGUAGAAGAAAAAAUAAUACCUGUAAGCUUGCUCAUAAAAAAUUAUCUUCUAGAAGCAGGAGCUGUGUAUCAGAAGUGCCCCGGUUUAAUCCACACACUUAAAGACGGUACAUAACCCUACAACAUAUAUAUAUAUAUAUAUGUUGUAUAUAUAUAUACAUAUAUAUAUAUAUAUGUAUAUAUAUAUGGUAUUCUUUGCUCAACUGUUUACAUUGCAGAUUGCUUAUAAUUUCAAGGAGUUAUAUUAUAAAUAAAAUGAUGCACUUUAGAACGUUUUCUAUUUUUGAAAUCUGAACAUGAAUCAUUUCACAUGACCAAAAAUUGUAUUUUUUAAAAGAAAUACAUGUCUAGUUUGUCCUUUUUGAGUAAUUAUUCUCUUAACUAAGCUGUACUAUAAAUCACAUCAUCGCCAGUUAACUUUCAAAGCACAUCUGCUUGAGUACUGUUUCGAAAAAUACUAACAUGCUCAGAACUUUAAAGAGGAAAAGGCUCUGUGUACGUGAGAAGCUACUAAAUGUUUUGAAAUCCGUUGCUUCUGCCAAAGGUAAAUCAAGUACCAGAUUUAUUCAGGAAUCCCCAUUCCAAAUUGUGCGACUGAAUAAAACACCACGUUACAGUA